ACAUCGGCGUGUGCAUCAUUCUCUCUCGGAACCAAAGAGCCAGUUACCGAUUGUACACCCACGGAAUUCGUUCUGAUCAGAUACACAGGCAAUAUGGCGGAGGGAGAUUCAUGGGAUGCUGACACUUUCGAUCCGGACGAGCCCGCAAUCGGGGCCAAGAAGGCUGUUGUGGCAGACAAAUGGGAAGGCGAGGAUGAGGAUGAGGAUAUCAAGGAUAACUGGGAUGAUGAAGAGGAGGAAUUGAAGAACGCAGAAGAGAAAAAAGCAGCAGAGACAAAACUUUCAGAAAAGAAGAAAUUAGCUGAAAAAAUCAAAGAAAGGGAAAGUUUACAAAAAAAAAAACAAGAAGAGUUGAGAAAGAGGUUAGAGGAAUCUAAUGAGACAGAACUCACACCAGAGGAGGAGCUAGCAGAGAAACUACAGGAAGAGGAAACGGAACUAAAACCAGAGGAGGAGCUAGCAGAGAAACUACAGGAAGAGACUGGUCUUCUACUGGCUCAGGAUGCUUUUGGUGUCGUCAACAAUGUAAAAGGAAUUGACGCUGUAAGCCCCUCUUCUAAAGAUGACUUUACAGAUUUUGAAAAGUUGCUAAAAGACAAGAUAACACCUUUUGAGAGUUCCAUACACUAUUCCGGCUUCCUAGAGUCCUUGUUUCGAGACCUCUGUCUCUCAUUGGAGGUAGAAGACUUAAAAAAGGUCAGCAACUCCCUUACAGUAUUACUAAGUGAGAAACAGAAACAGGAAAAGCAGCUGAAUAAAGGAAAGAAGAAAAAGAAAGGCGUGGUUGCUGCCGGAGGGAUGAAGGCCAAGAUGAAGGAUGACCUAGCGGACUACGGCGAGUUCGAUGGAGGUUACGCACAAGACUACGAGGACUUCAUGUGACGUGAUACCAACCGACUGCUGAGUCUCAAACGGCAACCUGUUCAAAGUAGUGCCCUUAUAUAGGGGACAUCCACUGUCCUUCCCAUUCCCUCUCAAUGACCCCUGACCUACGACCUAUUCUACUGCUCAAAGCCAUCCAACGAAAACCACCCUUGUGUCGCCCGCUGCACACAAAGAAGAUUCUGAAAGAAGUGUUGAACGUGUUUGACGAAGAACAUGAACAUCUGAUCUCAAGAUGGUUGUUUCUCCUCGUUAGGAUUCCUUCGGCGAUUCCUCGAAACUGACUGACCAAUAAGACAACAAACUGAUCCUUGAGUUCCCUUCGCUGUAAGAAUGUUCUGAAAUGUUUUACCAGCAUAACUCGUUUUUUCCAAAUCUACAAUGAAUUCAAUUUUAUCUUUAAAAUAAAUGUGUCAACAAAAUGAAUUGUUACUGUUUGACGACUGAAAGUAGAAGGAAAAUAAAUGUGGUGUUCUAUGCAAAUGAG